UUAUUCUUACCUAUUUCAUUAUGUGCUAGGUAGGAGCUGUGGUUGUGGGGUUUGAUCAACAUGUAAGCUAUCCUAAGCUAGUCAAAGCUGCCAGUUACCUCAAGAAUCCUGAUUGUAUAUUUAUAGCCACCAAUGCUGAUGAGAAGUUCCCAACAGAGAUGAAGCAUUUAGUGAUUCCUGGAACAGGAACCUUUGUUCGAGCUGUAGAAACUGUGUCUGGAAGGGCUCCUAUUAUUCUUGGAAAACCAGAGAAGUUUAUGUAUGACUGCAUUAAAUAUGAAUUUCCAGAUUUAGAUCCAUCAAAAGCCAUUAUGAUUGGAGACCGGCUUAACACUGACAUCCUUCUAGGGAAGACCACUGGAUUGCGAACAUUGCUGGUUUUGACAGGUAUCAGUGAUCUUAAUGAAGUUGAAAGAUGCAGUAAUAGCGACUGUGAGAAUGAUCAAAAGAUGGUUCCUGAUUAUUAUCUCCCAAGCUUAGCUGACCUGGGACAAAUGAUGGGAGUAUUCUGAUAAAAUGUUCGAGUAGCAAAUGUGACUUUUUUGCUGCCAAGUUGAUCUACAUUACACUGUAGUUUUUACCUUCUUUUUUCUAUUUAUCUGGAAGGUAUUUUUUGCUGUUACUGUUUAAUAGCAUUAUGAUUUCAUCACAAGUUUAUUAUCAGCAGUAAAUCACCUAAAUUAUUAAACAUAUCUGUAUACAGUGAUGUUUUUGUUAGCCUAUUAAAAUAUAUUAUACCUCCUUAAAGUGCAGGGAAGUAUAGGUCUUUCGUGGGCAAAUUAAAGUUUACCAUAGCACAUCAGUCAUGUGUUUAGUGUGUAGUUAUAUCAACUUUAUUGUGAUAGUGAAAAUACUAGUGUUUUAUAGAGAACAUGCUAUUUAAUUUAUAGGCCAGAUGCAUGACUGUUCCGAUUUCAUCAUAAGCUAAAGUUAUGAAAUAUAUAAAUAUGUUGAAAUAAAACGCAUGAAUUCUAAAAAAAAUCUUUGCAACUGGUAUUUCUUAUUUACAUCAAAUGACUGUAGAAAUCAAGUUUGACCUAAUAGUGUUACAUUUAGGUUUUAUAAGAAGUUUAUAGCACAUUUAAUAUUUCAAUUAAUAAAACAAAAGAAAAUGACAGUGAUGUAGCUCCACCAACUUCACAGGAUUAUAGUGUAUAAACACACACAUUAUUCACUCAACUCAUCAGUUAGACAAAAUACAAAACCCUGUAACUUGAGCACUUUUGAAAGGGCUUGGGUUACAGGGUUUUAUCUUUCAAUUUUUGGACCUACAUGCUUUCCUAUCACCUUAACCCAACUUUUACCAAGUGUUAAAGAAUACCCAAGGUAUGAAAAAAAAAGCAUUCCACAAAGGUUUUCAAAUUCUGACAAACAUGACAUCACAAAUUUAUAGCCAUUAAAAUGUUUUAUUUAAAAAUUAAACAGUUUUUUAUUAAAUAUAAAUACUGAUGUAACUCAAGUUUCUUUUACUUUAUUAAUAUGAGAUCAGAAAGUUUACACUUAUAUUAAUUUAGGUUGUGAAGAUAACAUUUUUCAUUCAUUAUAUGCUUAAAUACAAUUUUUUUAUUCCUGUUAAUUAUAAUUUAAGCAAGCAUUUUUUAAACUAUUUUUUUUACCACUAACAAAUUCACAUCAUUGAGGGAUUCACUCCUUACAAAACUAUCAAUAUUUGUUUGGAAGCUUUAAUAGCAUAUUUUAAUUUUACACAUGUCCUAAUUCUAUAGCAUAUUGUUUAAUAUCUCUUAAUGUCAUUUCAGUCCACAGAAAGAUCCAGUGUGACUUUUAUGCUUGUUUUACAUUAAUUCAUCAUAGAAACUUGUUUGUCAUAACAUUUAAUUCAGCCAAAGAUGAGUCUGGUUACACAGGUGCAUGAA